ACCAGCCGAGCUGACAGCCGAACAGCGUCACUUUGAAAACCUUCCUGGAUUUGUGCUUCAUAACAUUUUAAACUGUCUCCGGAAAGGACACUGAAAAAAAAAAGUGUGGUUUAAAAACUUUGCGAUAAACUGUCAUUUUAACGAGAAGAGUGUUACACCUGUGACACCGCUGUGAAAUGUGAAAUGAAACGAAAGGGGAAGUGAAACUUAACGCAGCUGGUUGGUCGUCAAGCGAAAAGAGUGAAGACAACAGAAAGAAGAAUCUAAAGUUCCUUAGUAAGUGAAGUACCUCCUGGCAUCAGCAACAUGGCAUCAAUUACCUACCACUACUUCAUCAUAACUAAAAAGCCUCAAUACCCUCAAUACUCUCAACACAUCAACGCAGGACAAAUAUGUUACAUGUCUGACUACAAGCUCAAAUCACAACUCAAAAUAUCUCCCUCUCCCAUAAAUUUGCGUGUCUUCAUCAUGGGUUCACGUUCGCAGUUAGAUUAUGACCUAGAGUUCAGCAGUAUAAAGGAGCUCAGUGCAAAGGAAGCUGAACUGCUGCUGGCCCUGGCUGAAGACACCGAAAGGCUGAAAUGGUUUGAAGAGAGAGACGCUCUCCAAACAGCACUGGGACUCAGCGUGGGCACCGAGGUCACUGUGGAGGAAGACGGAAAAAAGCUGAGAGGCACCAUUCGCUAUAUUGGAGGCAUGGGAGAGCUAAUCUGUCCCCCUGGCAUAAAAGGAACAUUCUUUGGAAUUGAACUACAGGGAGCAGACAGAAAGAAGGGGAAAACUGACGGGACCUUUAGGUUUGAGAAGCUUUUCUCCUGUGACAAAAACUGUGGCAUUUUUGCCCCAUUCUCCAGAGUCAGGCCUUUGGUCCCCAUCCCCUUGGCACCAUCUCAUCCUGACCCCUCCCCAAAGCUACAACCAGAAGAGCUAAUUCCAGGGGAUAGAGUUACAUACUUCAUCAAUGAUACAUGUCGCCAUGGAAUGGUGGUGGAUGUCCAGGAAAAGGAUGGACAACAUAUUGUUCAGAUCUCCACAGACACAGAUGAAACUGGGAAGACAGGGGGUGAAGUUAAAGUUCCACUAGACCAGGUGGCUAAGGGAGAGGUGCCUGCAGAGCCAGAGAGCAUGGACGUCGAUAUGCCCCUGGUGCUGGCAGACACUGAUGAUCCGUGUAUGGGUCUGAGUUUGAACUCUGUGGUAGAGGUGACCUUGGGUGAAGGCAAUUCAUAUGGAAUUAUCCGCUGGAUGGGCACUCUGCCUAACCGAAAGGAAACCAUGGUCGGACUAGAGCUGGAAGAAGACAAAGGAGUGAGUGAUGGUACUUUUAAAAAUGAGCGUUAUUUCAUAUGUCCUUCCAAAAGAGCUCUGUUUGUGAAGCUGAGUUCCUGCCGUCCUGACUCACGCUUUCAGAGCAUGUCAGCCAAUCACAUGGACAAGAUGGCAGUACUGGAAGACAAAGAGGGAGAGACAGAACACAGCACAGGAACACCAGAGACUGUUCUUCCUCUCAGCACAGAGCAGGUUAACCAGUUUCUGCUUGGACGAAUGAAGGGCAUUCAAGGGCACUGUAACUCGUGCUACAUGGACUCUGCCCUCUUCAGUUUGUUUACUUGCUCCUCUGUGUUGGACUCCAUGCUGUUCAAAUCAACAGCACCUCAGGAUGCCCCAAUCCAGAAAACUCUGCUCCAUGAUAUUGUCAACCCCCUCCGCAGUAAGGGCUUUGUGGAGGGACGGCACAUCAUGAAGCUCCGGCAGCAGCUGCAGAAACAUGGCUAUAGUCACUCUUUCACCACAGAUGAGAAGGAUCCAGAGGAGUUCCUUAUUGUCAUCAUGCACCACAUUCUUGCCCUGGACCCUCUGUUGAAACUUUCAGCUGGUGGUAAAGUGCAGGAGAGUUACUGCUAUCAGAUCUUCCUGGACCAGAAUCACAGCCUGGUUCUGCCCACUGUCCAGCAGCUACUGGAACAUUCCUUCCACAGUGCAGGAUUAAAGCUGGCAGAGGUGCCAUCCUGCCUCAUCCUCCAGAUGCCUCGUUUUGGGAAGAAAUUUAAGAUGUUUGACAAAAUUAUUCCCUCUCUGGAGGUGGACAUCACUGACCUCCUCUCCGAAGGUCCUCAGUCGUGCAUGCUAUGUGGAAAUGUGGCUGAGCAAGAAUGCACUGACUGUUUUAAAGAUCCUGUUUUCAGCCCGACGGGAUUCAAAGUCUUCUGCAAGACAUGUUCAACACAGGUGCACUCUCAUCCUCAGCGUCGAUCCCAUCAUCUUAAUAGCCUGGACAUUCCCAAAGGUUACCUGGGUCGUGGCAUUCCUCACGCUCUGACCAGAGACAAACUGGAGUUGUUUGCUGUGCUGUGCAUUGAGACGAGCCACUAUGUGUCCUUUGUCAAACACGGUCCAAACAGCAGAGACUGGAUCUUCUUUGACAGCAUGGCAGACAGACAAGGAGAGAGAGAUGGCUACAACAUUCCAGAGGUGCAAGCCUGUCCUGAGGUUGGCACUUACCUGGAAAUGAGUCCUGCUGAGCUGGCCAGUCAGGUGCCUCGAGACAUGAAAGGUGUGGCUAAGCGCCUUUUCUGUGAUGCCUACAUGUACCUGUACCAGAGCACCAGCAUGUGCCUCUAUCGCUAGCUAAUGGGACACUUCACCACACUGGAAAACGUAUUCAUUGCACAUUUUGACCAGAAAGAUGUUUUUGCUUUCUUGCAGUUGAUUCAGUUUUCUUUUAAUGGAUUGGUUUAUUUAAAUGAUUGUGUGGUGAUACACACAGUUAUUUGAAACUUGUUUAUACAGAUGAGUGACAAAUUAAAGGAAAAUCCUGAACCCUGAACCGCCAAGCCCUACAGUUAGGGGAUCUGGUGGCUCUAUUAGACUGUGGGGGGCAUUUUUCCACUUUUCCCGUGAGAGAAAAAGGUCACUCCAAACAAUUCAAGGUUGUUCUGAGUGAUCAUCUUUAUCCUGUGAUGAAACAUUUCUGUCCUGAUGGUGUCUUCCAGGAUGACAAUGCACCUAUCUAUUGAGCAUUAGGGGUAACUGAAUGGUUUGAUGAAAAUGAUGUGAAUUACAUCAUGGUCUUCACAAUCACCAGAUCUCAACUCAGCUGAACACACAUGGGAGACUUGGGACCAGUGUGUUCAACAGUGCUUUCAGUCACCAUUAUCAAAUUAGAGAAUAACUUUUAAAAGAAUGGUGUCCAUCCCUUUAUUAGACUUCUGAGACUUGGAGAAUCAACACCAAGAUGCACUAGAGCUCUUCUGGCAGCACAUGGUGGCCCAUUGACUUAAUAAGACAUUUUGUGUUGGUUUUCCCUUGAAUUUGUCAUCUGUCUGAAUAUAUAAUUUUCUGCCCUGGUGCUGGGAAAGUAUUAUGAGGCUUGAGUAAUUUAUAACAAUAUUGUUUUUACACCUGUAACAUUUUAAGAAGGAAAGGACAAACUGACUUUGUUUUCUCAGUAAUUUUGCACUAUAAUCUAAAGACAAAAAAAUGACAAUCACCAACAUGUGGUAUGUUAUGGGCAUGUUGCAUUGUAAUUUUGUAAUUUUGUCGUUUUCUGUUUCCUCCUAUUGUCUAAUUAUCCUUAGCUAAAUGUCCCACUCCUACAUCAAGAGUAAAGGAGUUUGCAGUUGACUGCAUAGCAGCUAUUCAGUGUGGCUUGUAAUAAAUGGCAUUGUACAAUACUGUUGUAAAUAUACUAUAUUGUUAAUUUGCCCAGAAAGCUCACCAUUGAGAUUUAGAAUGGUGGCUAGUCCAGUUACUAGAAAUAUUUGAUAAAAUUUUUUCAAAAUUUUACAUUUUUAAAAUUCUAUUAUGUUAUUUGAAUUUCACCUCAGGAAAUGAUAUGCUGCUCUUUCAUAUGAAAAUGCUUUUUUUUUCUUUUUUUGUGGUUUGGUAGUUGGGAUAAGAGAAUGGUACAUCAUAUUAUAUAGCAUAUUGCCUUGGUAAAACUGCACUCAGACUUGUGGUCCUGGCUGAGCUUGUGGCCUUUUCCAUUUUUACUGUAUGUUUAUUGCUACUGCUUCUGAUAUACAGUGCAAUGCAUAUAAUGAACGAACACAUAGUUAAACAUCUGUUUUUACUGAAAGACCAGGAAAUACGUUGACACAUCCAUAUUUUCAUGUGGUUUUUAUGUAUUACCUACCCCAGUUUAUUUAUCAAUCUUAAAUAGCUUUAGGGUUCACGCAGCAUGUAAUUGUAUCCACUUAGCUAUACAGCUUAAAAGUCUAACAGGCAAGGCAGUCACUUUCAGACAGAUUAUUAUUAAUGACAACAUUAGUGACCACAGCUUUGAACAAUCAUUAUAAAUAGAGAAUUGUUAAGGUUUCAUCUGUUAUUCUUUUCACUUCCCGAGUGGUCUCACAUGGCCUGACCUAUUACACAGUACUGUGUCAGCACUGGAGUACGGUCUGGGUGCACCUCAUUAUCCUCAUACUACAUCAGGAAGAAAGGGCUUUGGCUUUUUUGUAUUACUUUAAGCCAAUCACAGUCGUCUUGGGGGGUUCUAAGCCCAGGAUGUACUGACAAAAAAUAGUGACGGGGGAAUUGUUUUGGUGCAUGCAAGGAGGCUACAUUGUCAUUAACCAUCAACAGGAAAACAAUAGUCAUGAAAAGGGCAAUCUGGCACAGUGUGCAGCUGAUUUGUAUUUUAAACAAUUCCACUGAAAUCGUCGAAAAUGACACCAACAUUCCUGGCUUAGGCACUUAGGUUUUCUGUCAGUGGCCAUAAGUGGCAGGUUGUGCUCAUUGUGGUGUCAGGGCAUCAAAGACAAUCACCUCUGUCUUGCUGUCAUUCAACUGGUGACAGUUUUGCUGCCAUCCAGCACCUCACAGCCAGUUUAUGAUGAGAAAAAUGGAGUCGCUCAUGUUUGGAGACACUUAUAUUUGUGUGUCAUCAAUGUAACAGUGGAACGAGCUAUUGCUUUUGUACAGGAUGGAGCUUCAUGGGAGUAUAUACAUAGAAUAUAAAAUAGGCCCUAAAAUAGAACCAUGAGGUACUACCCAAUUCUUUUGCCUCUUACUUUUUACUGUCGCAAAAGUAAGAGGCAAACCACUUUGGUCCAGUGGCCUGAAUGCUAAGCUGGUCCUUGAAACUGUUUAAAAGAACACAGUAGUCAGCUGUAUUAAAAACUGCACUGUUUAAAUUAUAAAUUGCAAAAUUGUCAGAGUUUGAAUACAGCAGUAGGUCACUGGAAACUUUGAGUAGAGAGGAUUCUGUGCUGUGGUGAGCCUCAAAGCCUGAUUGGAAAUCCUGGCAUAAUUCAAUUAAUUGAUGUCAUUAUUAUCUAAAUAGGACAGAAGCUGUGCCCAAACCACUUUCUUCAAAUCUCUGGACAAGAUUAUUUAGAUGUGAUUUGUUGAGGUUUGUUUUUUUUGAUUAAAGGCUAAACUUUUGCUUGUUUGAAGGACAUGUUGACAGUUUCAUUUGCAAGGCUACUGUUUAUAGUAGAAAUUGUAAGUCCUACGGUGUCCUAUAGAAGUCCACAAAGUUGGAAAUUAUUGUAAACAGUCUAUAUAGAUUCUCAGUCAUCCAGGUUUCACCAUCCUCCUCCCAAAGGCAGCCAUCCAUCCACACCUCUUUGCAUACACUCAUGCAGAGUCCAACAUUGCCUUGUAUUCAGUCUGAACAAACUCAUAGUGUCUUCAUUCUUCCAGGUGGGAAUAUUUUACAAAUACAUAAAUCUUGCAAUGUUGUCAAAAUGUUAUUCACAUAAUUGCGCUCAUGUGAUAACUGAUCAAAGUUGUCUUUCUUGCUGUGCCUUCAUUACUUCUGUAUUCUAAGCUGCUAUGAAGACACUGCUGACUUAAGUGCUGGUAGUGUUUCCUUUAGAAAACAAAGCAGUGGAACACAGAGCAAGCAGGAAACGAACUGUUAGCACACCUCAGAGGGUCUGAAAUGUCUGUUAUGCUUAGAGUACAACAAAAUGCUGCUUUGAAGUGUGCUUGGGUGUCACGCUAGCCUCAACUCGGAUCAGUUUAGCAUCACAUGUACUACAGCUUCACGUGAUCUGAAUGCACUCAAGGUUUUCUUACAUUAAAGAGCAAGACUUUGCUCAGCUCUCA